AUGCUGCAUCGAAAUGCCGUGACCACCGACUCAGAGAAGAAGAAAUGGCAGAAAAUUCAAAGUUUUUGUAAAAAAGCUCGUGAUGAUGAGUUCGAAUUCGCGUGGAUCGACACAUGCUGUAUCAACAAGGACAGUAGCGCUGAGCUAUCCGAGGCCAUCAAUUCUAUGUUCCAGUGGUACCGACAGGCCACGAAAUUCUAUGUAUAUCUGGCUGAUGUCAAUGAUGUUAAGCAAUUGGCUAGAAGUGAAUGGUUUCGGCGAGGUUGGACACUGCAGGAGCUAUUAGCACCGCGUAACAUACAGUUCUUCUCGUAUAACUGGGCUAAGCUUGGAGACAAGAAAACCCUACUAGGGACAUUUGCUGCGCUUACAAGAAUUCCUGUAGAAUGUCCUGGGCUUCUCGGCGUCAAACAAAAAGGUCGGAAGAUAUGGCAUACUGUCUCAUGGGUUAUAUUUGAUGUCAAUAUGCCUCUACUCUACGGAGAAGAGGGAGUGAAGGCCUUCCUUCGGCUACAAGAAGAGAUUUUCAAGGUCUCAUCUGAUAUUACUAUCUUUGCCUGGACCAGCCCGCAACCAUCUCCUAAUGAUAUCUAUACCCUACAUGGCCUGCUCGCGGAAUCGGUGGACUGGUUUGCCGAUUCCCACGACAUCCUUCUCGGGCGUCCGAGGUAUUUCACUGGCCAGGAGCCAUAUACAAUGACAAAUAUGGGACUUCGUGUUACCUUUCCUGUGGUUGCUUACCUCGAGGAUACGCCAUUCACUUGCCUCGCUUAUAUCUAUUGUGGACGUCGUACUACGGCCAACAUGAAAUCUGUUGUCGAAAAUCUAGGGAUAUAUCUGACAAAAAUGGGUCACAUUUUCUACAGAAUCGGGACCAAUUGUCUCCCAGUUAUAGAAACAGACUGGAGACGCGAGCCAUGGCAGAGUUGCACGAUAUAUGUGCCCCAAAAAGGCCGAGACCGAAAUCUAGAGGAGUGGGGAGGUCCAGAGGAGUGGGGAGGGAAGGUCAGUAGGCGGUGGGCCUGA